CUGCCUUUUAUAUUCAUCUCGUGUCUCGUCAGCACUGUCAUCAUUGUUCCACUUUUCAUGGUCUUAAACUACAACUUCAUUCUGGUUCGAUUUCAUCUCGGGGCAGCAUGUUAGACUUGCUGGGAAACAAGAAGGUACUCAUCAAUGCACACCAGUUAUUUCAUACUAGCGAACGGCUGAACAUCCGGCAUAACCCAACAUCCCAAUCUUCCUUGGUUUCCGGCCAAGCCGAUCAUAUUUUGCAUCCACAACCCUCCAUCUUUUCCUUGCCUGCCUCACAGCCGGAUACAUGGAACUCGGAAUCCUGGCGACCGGGGUCAUCACCUGCAAAGCCGGUCAUAGGCCACGCUGAUCAGCCUAGUGAGGAGCCUAAGAUCCGUUCUCUGAAGCCGAGCGAUUUGACCCUCUUAUCUCGCUGGUGUGCCAGAACCUACCAAUCUCUCACCCCCGAUGGUAAAAACGGCCAAAUCUGGAGAAGCACAAUUGUCCGGGAGGCAAUGGGCAACGCACCACUACUGGAUAGCAUCCUAGCGCUGGCAGCAUUGGAUAUUAUCUAUUCUCGCGAAAGGGACGGCAUACAGGAAAAUCAACACGAUCACCAGCAAUUCCAGUGUCUAGCUAUUCUUCAUUGGGAUCAAGCUCGCGCCGGGCUUGAACAACAGAUCAACCAGGCGAAAUCGGAACUGUCUCGCAAAGAAAGCAUGUCAUUGCUUGCUAUAUGCAAUAUGCUUAUCAUCAUCUCCUUCGCGCACGUACGAACGCCCUUAUGCUCAAGCGGAUCCGCGUUGGUAGAUCUUUGUCAAACUGUCAGCCACCUACGCGGCUCGCCGGAGAUUCUCAUUCGCCUGAUCGAUGAACUCCAACCAAGCGAGGAGCUGGCUUUCCUAGUCCGCCAGGGGAGCGGUCCCAACAUGCCAAAUACUUCCACCCUGGCCAUUCAUGCUCUGCGAAAGCUUAAUAAUGAGGAUAGCACGGGGAACAAAGACCCCAAAGUCCGAGAGAUUUACAUCAAAGCCAUCGAUCGAUUGGCGUCCUGUCUGCGUUAUAUUGCGUGGGGCAGCCGCCCCGGGCUGAUUGGACUCUCCUGGCUGCUGGAGGUUCCAGCAGUAUUUGUGGAUUUGGUUCUGGACCAUCAGCCUAUGGCAUUGACAAUCAUGGCCCACUAUUGCGUGGUUCUAUAUCACUUACGGUCACAGUGGUGGAUGGGAACAUUUGGCAUUAGAGUCAUAGAUGAGAUCCGUCAGCUCUUGGGCAAUGAUCGCUUGGACAAUAUUCAAUGGGCGAUCGAUGGGAUAUCAACAGAUUGCACUACCUGUUUCUGAUGAUGGUAUCGCAUCACUUCUACGAUCCCGAGUAGUAUUUUGCGAAGCGAGACACAAUUGUCCGAACGUUUGUAUAAGCCAUUAUACGGCCGCGAUUGGGAGUCGGUCAACUUCCUAGUGUGGUAAGUCCGUAUAUACACGCGCACGAGGCCUGGAAGAAUGCUGCGCCCUUGCAUGUCCCGAAACCCAAGCGAGCCAAGAUGGAUUUGACUAUAAAAGCCGCGUGCUGAGUUUUUCGCUAUUCUCAUGGCCCCUUCCCGAAGAAGCUUGGGAGCGGUGGAACGGACAACUCGUAAACUUAACUCCGC